GAGAUACAGAAUCUGAAACAGGCUCCAGGCUCUGAUCUUCAGCACAGACCCUGAUGUGAGGCUCCAACUCACAAACCGUGAGAUCAUGACCUGAGCUGAAGUCUGAUGCUUAACCUACUGAGCCACCCAGGAGCCCCUAUAAAUUUAGAUUUUUAAAUCUGUUUAUGCGAGGCUGUUAAUUUUGGAGCUUAGAUAAUACCACGAGGAUGUACUAGAAUGUCCACCACACUGGCAAUGCUCACAGAAGCCCGCUGGACUCUGCACAUACAUCAGGGGAGUGAAGCAUAUCUCUCCUGUCUCCAGAAGGAGAUGUAGGGGCAUCUGGAACCAAAAGGGCAGAAUUGGUGCUUCCACCAGAUUUACAUGCAGCUCCAGUCACGGCUUCCUAGAUUGGGGCCUUGAAGGCAAAAGUCUGGUUUGGGCUCCAGGAGCACAUCAUCCAAGCUCAGCAAGCUGGCUUCUCUGGCCUAAGGCUGUAACGAAGAUGUGAGAGGCAGAGGGAUGGAGGAGAGCCUUCCACAGGGAGAAGGGCAGCAGGGAGGCCCUGGCCUGUGCAUUGGGAGUGGUGGCAGCCAUUAGCAUUGUCAUGCAGGAAGCUCCUGGGGGGUUGGGUCAGCCUCCCCUGCCAAUGCAGCUGCUGCCAAAGCUCAUUAGGUCUGUGUGUGUGAGCUGUUGUUGAGCCCUUGUCAACGUCCUCCCAGUAGCGUCCCUCGCAAUGGCAACUGGUCCCUGGUGACUGAGGAGUACCGGGGCCCGAGGAAUUUGGGAUGUCUCUUCACUAUGGUCCAUCCCUAGCUGGAGGGAGAGCUCUUGAGCAGCUUCAACCUAGAGGAAAGCAGACACAUCUCGUUUGUCAGCACUGAUUACCAUCUGAGAGGCUUCCGCAGCCUGUGGGAGUGUGGCCUUAGCAGGGACAGAGACAGAGACAGAGACAGAGACAGAGACAGAGACAGAGACAGAAAUGAAGUGACUUGUUAGGAACUUGGAUCAGGGACAUGAAACAUGGCUGGUGAAAUCUUCUCAAGUAUUGUAGCAAAUGUGGUAAAGUAGCUGUGCUUUGCAGGAACAUGAGCCUUGGGUAUAAUUGUACAAUAGGCUUCUCCAUCCCAAAGCUUCGUCCUGACAUAGAGAGAGACACUUAGGAAAGAAGCUCACAAGUAUGGAGUCUUUUGUUAGGUACUGAUAGUGACUAGCAGGUGGUGGUAAUAUUAAUAUGUUACAUUUCCAGACAAGAAAAGAUAUAUUAUCAAUUGCCUUAUAUCCUCUUAUCUCAAUUAUUUCUGGAGAGUUUGAUUCUCACAAUAUUAUGAUUUUCUUUUUUAGUAACAGAUGAAGUUGUAAGGCAAUUAAGGGCUUAUUCAAAGACCCUUGACACUCAGAGAAUGAACUGGAGGCAAGAUUCAGGUGUCCUAAUUCAUCCCAGGGUUGGUUUUUCUGGCAUUGGCCGUGGGGAUUGCACUGUGGACACUUGCCGGAUGGAGGGAAUUAUAUUGUCAUGAAAACACUGGUCUUAGCUACAGGGAACAAGAAGUAGCAAGAAGAGAAGAAUUUACAUGAGACCAUAAUAAAAUAUGUCACCAAGUGUGUGUCAGGUUUGCAUAUGUUUGAGAAACUGAGUUUCAAGGAUUGGACUCUGAUUAAGUGAAAAGUCAGGUUAACCAAAUCAGGCUAGAAGAAGUUCACAGGACCACAAAGAGAAUAAAGUAACUGUUCUUUCAGGAGACGAAACCAGUCUUGGAGAUACCAGCCACCCAAGCCACCCAGGGAUUCUCUGUUUCCAUAUGUCAGGAUGAUGCAAAUAUUCCUGCUCAGGAUGGAUGCUCUCAGUGCUGACAUCAACCAACUCUUCGGUCACAAGUCAGAGAAAUCUCUCUCUAAAUGAGAGUGUCAUUUCUGUGGACAGUUUGACUUGAUGAAGGUAUGGCCCUGAGUGAUUUUGAGCAGCACGAAAGAAACAUAUCUGCAGGUUGUGGGACUUACCUUCGUGUGUUCUGCUUUUGCAUUUGGGACUUUCAUUAGUCCCACCCAAGAUUGUUUAGCUCCCCAACAUACAAGGUCACAUAGGUUUCAAGGAGAUGGACAGAUUUUCUUUAUAUACAUUUAAAAAAAUACAUGACUGGCUAAAACUGAACUUUCUAAAUACUUGUUUUAGAUAGAUAAUAUUGGGGCACCUGGGUGGCUCAAUUCAUUAAGUGUCUAAUUUCAGCUCAGGUCAUGAUCUCACAGUUCGUGAGUUCAAGCCCCACAUUGGGCUCUCUGCUGUCAUCCAGGAGCCUGCUUAGGAUCCUCUGUCUCCCUCUUUCUCUGCCCUUUACCUGCUCAUGCUCUACAUCUCUGUCUCUCAAAAUAAAUAAAAAACAUUAAACAUUAUUUAAAAAGAUAGAUAAGUGUGUUUUAUUAGGAAUCUGAACACUAAUGUUUUUGUUUGUUUGUUUGUUUGUUUGUUUGCAUAUCUCUGUCCUGUAGAGAAAGAAUUUUGGUUCUAAUUGCUAUUUAUAUUAAUAAUUGGUUAUUGGGAGAAUACCUUAACUGGGGUCAAAGUUCUAUUUUAACAAUGAAGAGGUGAUGUCUGUAUCCAUGCCUCAGAUCUGAUCUUCCAUAUAUUUUCAGUGUCAUUUCUGAUCUCUCCUCCAUCUCUAAGGCUUUUGGUAUUCUAUAUGAUCUAGUUCAAGAUCACAAUAAGGUUAGGUCAUUCAUGUUUUAAAAAUCUCAUUUCGAAUAAUUACAUCUACAAAAUUGACAAAGAACAAUUUCAUCAUAAAAGGGAUAGCGAGCUAUUUUUGGAGUUUCAAAGCUUUGUGAUGGGGCAACAAGGAGAAAAUUUGUAAAAUAAUAUUUCAAUGGCACCUUCCUAUGAUAUUGCUUUGUGUUCUAUUUGUUAUAGUCCCAGUAAUUGUCCUACCCUGCACAAUUCAUAGAACAAAAGAAUCCGAAAAUGUUUCCUGCAUAGUGCUCCUGUCUAAGGAGAUGAACUACACUAUUACAUCAUUUUUUGAUGCCAUGUCUGAGCAGGCAGCAUAAAUUGUUCAGUUUUGGGUUAACAAAUCUCCAAACAUACAUAGGUGUGGUUGGAAGAUUGAUGAGUAUGAGGAAGAUAUGACCCAAAGGAUGUGAAACAGGAUUUUGAUAUUAUUUAUUUAUUAGUUAUUAUUUAUUAAAGGAACAGUAAGUAUCUACAGAAAAAGCAGCUAGAGAUGAGGUGAACAGUGAGAAGAAAACACAAAAUGGUCUUGUACAGGAGGAGGUGCUAACCAGAAUGGUUCCUAACUGUGUUCGUUUUUCACACCUGACUUUAAGUAAGAGCUGUGUCCCUAGUCCUGUAUGACAAGGAUGUGGGCAUUUCAGUUUUACUGAGAAAAAUGGAACAAAUAAUCUCAAAAGUCUGUCUUACUUUUUGACGUUAAUGAAUAGCACAGUUUGAGGAGAGCAUGAAAUCCCCAAAUCCAUUAGAGUUGAGAAGACUAAGCUGUAUUUUUCUAACACAAAAUGUUUAGAUGUGCAGCACACUGUCUACCAAUUAUUUCAUUGUGCAUCUGAGGGCAGACUAGGAAUCCAGCUCUAUUUAGCUGAAAGCUGAUCCAAAGGAAUGUGGGAAUGGUUUCAUUGCAGGUGUUAAAAUCACCUGAUCAACCCAUAUUUCCUCCUUCAUUUGGCUUUUAAAAUAUAGAUACUAUUUGGGGGUGCCUGGGUGGCUCCAUCAGUUGAGCAUCCAAUUCCUGAUUUCAGCUCAGGUUGUGAUUCUUGGGGUCGUGUGAUUGAGCCCCAUGUUGGACGUGGAGCCUGUUUGACAUUCUGUCUUUCCCUUUGCCCCCCACCCACGUGCAUACGCAUGUGCACACAGCCUCUCUCUUUCUCUAAAAACAAACAAACAAAAAUAAGUAUAGAUGAUAUUUCUAGUUUCUUAAUCUACCAGGAGUCUAAACGGAGACUUUACGACUGUAGAAAACAGGCAUAUCUGGAUAUCAAUUAUUUUGCAUGUAAAUUAUUUUUAAAAUCAAGGCAAUUGACUUUAGAAAUAAAUAUACUUCUGAUGGGUUAAAAAUAGUUAGCUGACAUAUCCAUGCAAAGUAUUUAAGCAUUUGCAGGAUACUUUAGUAAAACACUUGGCUCUAAAGCACCCAGAUAAUAAUAAAUGCUAAAAUUAAUAAAAGCAACAAUAGAGCAGGUCCUCCUUAAUGAGUGUUUGAAUACUCCCCCAUCUGUGAUGUUCUUAAUUCUGUAGGCAGUUAGAUAUCCCAAAUAUAUAUGUGCAUGGAAGUGGUGUGAUUAAAUUUGUGUUUUAGGAUGAUUAUUCUAGCAUUGAGUGUAGGGUGGAGGGCAUGUGAAGGAAAGUACAUUUGUUUCUCUGUCUCUUCUGGGGAAGAGCUCGUGUUGUGAUACCUAGUGCUGAAUCCUGCUGUAGUCCAACUACCAAUAACAGUUUAUAAGUUCCUCAUAAGUUAUCUACAUUUGGCCUUAAAUCUACUUGUGAGUUAUGCAGUGUUAUCACAUUUCAUAUGUAAAAGCUUAAGUCUCUAACCCGAAUCACAUAUUUGGUAUGUCAUAAGAGAAGAUUCAUAUCCAGCUUCUCAAAUUCCAGAUCUGUGCAUGAGACACUAGCCAUGUUUGUACUAUACAUCUGCCACUUCUGAAUCUCUGUCUCUCUCUCUCUCGUUGUUGUUUAUUCCUUUUAUCAUGUUUAUUGUAGUAGAUAAUGUAAGGUUGUUCUUGACUUUGAAUCAUGUUGAUCUUUGUUGUCUAUCACUUCAUCCCUCCAUUGUAACCUAUAAUCCUCUGUUGCCCUGGAAACUGUGGUAAGUUGAAAAGAUACAUAGCUCCUAAAAUUGUACUGCAUUAUCUCUAGGCCUCCAAGAAAUCCCUAAGACUAUCUGCUUAUUUUGAAGGAAUGACUUGUCUCUCUUAUGGAGAAUGCAUAUUAGGAUCAAACCUAUCAUUGUGAUGCACACAUGAUCAGAAACAUCUGGCUAAGGCUGACAGGUUGUAUUCAAUAUGCAUUCUUUUAAGAAGUUAUUUUUAUGGUUCUUGAAUUCAGUAGUUUCUGCUAUUUCUGUCUCCUUCUGCAGAUUAAUAAUCCUAUGUUUUUUAAUGGACACAGAUAACCAGAUGUGGGUGAAAGAGUUCAUUCUCCUUGGUCUGUCCAGUGACUGGGACACACAGGUCUCACUCUUUGUCCUCUUCUUGAUCAUGUACUUGGUGACAGUGCUGGGGAACUUCCUCAUUGUCCUUCUGAUCAGACUGGACAGCCGACUCCACACUCCUAUGUACUUCUUUCUCACCAACCUCUCCCUUGUUGAUGUCUCUUAUGCCACAAGUAUUGUUCCUCAGAUGCUGCCGCAUUUUCUUGCAGAACAUAAAGCAAUCCCAUUUGUGAGCUGUGCAGCCCAGUUAUUUUUCUCCUUGGGCUUGGGUGGGAUUGAGUUUGUUCUACUGGCAGUGAUGGCCUACGACCACUAUGUGGCUGUGUGCGACCCCCUGCGAUACUCGGUCAUCAUGCAUGGAGGGCUCUGUACUAGGUUGGCCAUCACAUCCUGGGUCAGUGGUUCUCUCAACUCUCUCAUGCAGACCAUCAUCACCUUUCAGCUGCCCAUGUGCGCAAACAAGUAUAUUGAUCACAUAUCCUGUGAACUCCUAGCUGUGGUCAGACUGGCCUGUGUGGACACCUCCUCCAAUGAGAUCGCGAUCAUGGUUUCUAGCAUUGUCUUGCUGAUGACACCCUUCUGCCUGGUCCUCUUGUCUUACACUCAGAUCAUCUCUACCAUCCUGAAGAUCCAGUCGAGAGAGGGAAGAAAGAAAGCCUUCCACACCUGUGCGUCUCACCUCACAGUGGUCGUACUGUGCUAUGGCAUGACCAUUUUCACCUACAUCCAGCCCCACUCCAGCCCUUCUGUCCUUCAGGAGAAGUUGAUUUCUGUCUUCUAUGCCAUUCUGAUGCCCGUGCUGAACCCCAUGAUUUAUAGCAUAAGGAAUAAGGAGGUGAAGGGUGCCUGGCAGAAACUAUUAGGACAGUUAUCUGGAUUAACAUCAAAACUGGUAACUUGAUGAAUCCUAAGCAUUAGCUAGAGAAAAGAGCUUUGCCUGUGUUUUUUCCCACUUAAUUCAGAUAUGGCAGGCAUCACCUGCAUUGCCCUGGCAACCAGGAAGGAGAUGCUGACA